AUGGCGUCCCCUCGCGAGGAGAGCGUGUACAUGGCGAAGCUGGCAGAGCAGGCCGAGCGAUAUGAGGAGAUGGUGGAAUUCAUGGAGAAGGUGGUGGCGGCCGCAGACGGCGGCGAGGAGCUGACUGUGGAGGAGCGCAACCUCCUGUCAGUGGCCUACAAGAACGUGAUCGGCGCUCGCCGCGCAUCAUGGCGUAUCAUCUCCUCAAUUGAGCAGAAGGAGGAGAGCCGCGGUAACGAGAGUCACGUGUCCGCGAUAAAGGGGUAUAGAUCUAAGAUCGAAUCCGAGCUCUCGUCUAUCUGCGAAGGGAUUUUGAAACUUCUCGACACAAAGCUCAUAGGAUCCGCAUCAAGCGGAGAUUCUAAGGUGUUUUACUUGAAGAUGAAAGGAGAUUAUCAUCGCUACUUGGCGGAGUUUAAGACUGGAUCCGAGCGGAAAGAAGCCGCCGAGAACACUCUCUCGGCUUACAAGUCGGCUCAGGACAUUGCAAAUACAGAGCUUGCCUCAACACAUCCGAUUCGGCUUGGGCUUGCUCUCAACUUCUCAGUGUUCUACUAUGAGAUACUAAAUUCUCCUGAUCGGGCUUGUAAUCUUGCUAAACAGGCUUUUGAUGAGGCAAUUGCGGAGUUGGACACCCUUGGAGAAGAGUCGUACAAGGAUAGCACUCUGAUCAUGCAGCUUCUCCGUGACAACCUAACUUUGUGGACUUCAGACAUGCAGGAUGAUGGUUCCGAGGAGAUCAAGGAAGCACCAAAACAAGAUGAAUAG